UGUUCCUGCUAUCUCUCUCACAGGACUGUUAGCAUUAUACAUGAACAUGUUGUUUGUGCCCUUGCCAUUGGCCCUGUCAAUGUUGAAGUGAAUGCUUGAGAUAUAGUAUGACAUCAGACUAUGAUAACAAGUAACUAGGUUUUACAUUUUGACGGCUGCGUCUACAAUAACUGUGGUUGGGAAUAUUGUGAUAAAUAGCUAUGGAACUCACUACGAUUCUAAACAUACUACAGUGGAGUAUACGUUGUAAUGGAAGGAAAGACAAAUCGAGAAAUAUACUUCUGUCUCUUCGUACAAGAGUGUUUAGACAAAUACUGUGUAUGCUGUUGUUAUGUGAAUAUAUGCCAUUUACAUUGUACAACCAACGUAGACAUAAACAAGUUUGUACAUUGAUAGGAAAUACCGUCAAAGGUCGAUACAAACUAACGUCACAUCACGUUUCGAUUUGGUCUUAUAUACUGGAAUCACUGUUAUCUGCGGCACAUCUACGUGUUAAGGAAAAUCUUUUGCAUAUUAGUAAAAGUGGGCAGUCACUUGACACAUCUCACCAACGAGCGAAAAAACUCCUCUUACCAAAUAUCGCAAAUGGCAAAAUAGUGUGUAAACAUAUAGAGAAAGGAAAAAUGAAACACUUACGGUCAUCGAAAGAGACAAUAGAAAAAUUUGUCCGAAGAAGGAAAACUUACAAACAUAUUUGCCUGAGUAAAGAAUCAGACCUUUUAAAUGGCGGGCAGAUGAUAACUGUGCUUUGUUGUUUUUCAUCAUCAAUCAAUACAAACAUUAGCGAGAUAUGUACGAACCAGACACACAAGGUUGUCUCUGUGAAACUUGAGUCACGUAGUACCACUUUGCAAAGCAUGGAAACACAAAUCCGUACAACAGUAAUGUAUUCGGAUACAGACAAUUGUACGAAAGGAAGACCAAUGUUUGAAGAAAGUAGAAAGUAUCUGCAAUCUAACAGGAUUUUCCAUCGAUAUAAAACUGAAUAUCAGUGUAUGGACAUUCCGCUGCAAAGACAAGCCUUGUCUAAUACUAUCACAGAAAUAAAACAGGAAGUAAUGUUAUCUUCAAAAGCAGAAAACAAAAGGUUAUAUCAAUACGGUAUAGAUAUGCAUCAAAACCUUCAGGUUUAUCCUGUUCAACAAUUUUCUUUGGAGCAGGCGUUUAUCUCAUGUGGUGAAGGAGGACAAACAAUUACGAACCCAGAGGUCUUCUUCUCAAACAACCUCACACGAUUGUCAUCCUACCGCAAUUUCCCAAGUAAAUUGGCACCUAGUGCUAUCAAACUGAGCAAUGCCGGAUUCUAUGCCACUGGGAAUGUUGACGAAACGGCUUGCUUUCACUGCGGCUGCAGAUACUCCAGAUGGAAUCCGAGUGAAGACCCCGUUCAAACACACGAAGAAAUUUCCCCAGAAUGUGAAUUCAUUCAAGAAAUAUUUGCUAACGAAGGUCGUAACGGAAAAGUGGGCUCUCAUGCUACAAAUGGAAUACUUUGUUCUGAGGAAACAGAGACGCUUUCUCGGCUGGAUCAGACUGGAGAUUCUUUGAUUGUAUAUGGGAAUGAACAUCUUGUCAGAAACACAAGCAUUGUAAAUAAGGAUAGUCUGAACGAAAGAAGUACCAGUCCCUGUAGUAACAUUAAAAUGGCAAACCCAACAGAAGAUUUCCAAAUGAAAAAACAUCAUUUUAAUGAUGGAAAAGGUUCUGAAUGUGCUUUUCACGCGGAAACACCAAGCAUGACCUCAAUUUCUUGUGAACUUCAAAGCAUUUCUUUAGACAACGCUCCUUCCACUGUAUCUCUACCUGUUCCUUCAAAACCAAGCUCUACAUCAGUAUCUUGCAACUCCUGCUUUGAAAAGGUUCCAUUGAAUGACAAGUCUGUCCAGCAGAAGAAAAGAAGACACCUGGCUACUAAUGGUGAAACAGCUGUACAUGGAAAUUGGAAGCAAACAAAUCCGGACCUCAUACAUCCGCUGUUUCCACAAUAUAUAUCCUUGCCAGUGAGGAUGUCUUCCUUUGCAAAAUGGCCAACACAUGUAAAACAGACUGCAAAAGAAAUGUCGCUUGCGGGAUUCUUUUACAAAGGAUACGGCGAUGCAGUAGCCUGCUAUUGGUGUGGAGUUUGCAUUGUCAGUUGGGAGGAAGAAGAUGAGCCAUGCAUUGAGCAUGUUAAAUGGAAACCACUCUGUCCGUAUACAAUACAGACCAAAGGACAAGACUUUGUGGACCUUGUACUGGAGCAACAAGGGCGAUUAUACCAAGGAGACAAAAGUAUCGAUGACUACAACGUUGCAGAACAAACCCUUUCCUCAAAUAAUGCUGUCGAAGAAGUAAAAUACACAAAACUAAAAGAGAUGGGGUUUAAACAGAGAGAAAUUGACAUCGCUGUUUGUAAAGUGUCCAGACAAAAAGAAAACCCGGCAGAAGAAGAUAUUUUGGAGCAGCUCCUGAACGACGACACAAAGGGAGAAACAACCGAAACAAUACCACCAACAGCGAUGUCCUUCCAACGUGACCAGGAGCCAUGGAAUGUCACCUCGAAAUAUAACUAUGCUACAUCUGCUAACAGUUCUGAAGACAUAGAUCACUUAAGCAGGGUGGAACGUUUGAUGUGCAAGAUUUGUAUGACACAGGAGAUCAUGGUGUUGACUCUUUCUGCUGGGGAUGAGGACAAUCAAUGUUACAGUUUCCAGAGUGCAAUAAUUCCACGAGGGAUGAAUAACUAUGUUAUGUCGACAGGAAGGUGGGACAAAAUACAAAGGGAUGUCCUUGUUAUCAUAAUUUGUACUAAACUAUUAAAGGACGAAACAGGAAUCAGAAGAAACAACGAAGAAACACUUAUUCGUUAAAAGGGGAGUUGGUGACCGACUACGAUCACUAGCCUUCCAUCACUGGGUCGUGGGUUCGAGGUCUUCAUGGAGCAGUCACUAAGUACUUGCCUUAAGUCGGGUUUUUUUCUCCGGGUACUUCGGGCAACUAAUUAAGGUGAGAGUACCUCGGGCCACUAGUUUAGGUGAGAGUAUAUUAGGCCACUAGUGUAGAUGAGAGUAUAUCUGGCCACUAGUGUAAGUGAGCAUAUAUCGGGCCACUAGUGUAAGUGAGAAUAUAUCUUGCCACUAGUGUAAGUGAAAGUAUAUCGGGCCACUAGUGUAAGUGAGAAUAUAUCGGGCCACUAGUGUAAGUGAGAAUAUAUCGGGCCACUAGUGUAAGUGAGAAUAUAUCGGGCCACUAGUGUAAGUGAGAAUAUAUCGGGCCACUAGUGUAAGUGAGAAUAUAUCGGGCCACUAGUGUAAGUGAGAAUAUAUCGGGCCACUAGUGUAAGUGAGAAUAUAUCGGGCCACUAGUGUAAGUGAGAAUAUAUCGGGCCACUAGUGUAAGUGAGAAUAUAUCCUGCCACUAGUUUAAGUGAGAGUAUAUCUGGCCACUAGUGGAGGUGAGAGUAUAUCUGGCCACUCGUGGAGGUGAGGGUAUAUCUGGCCUCUAGUUAAUGUGAGAGUAUAUCUGGCUACCAGUGUAGGCGAGAGUAUAUCUGGUCACUAGUGUAGGUGAGAGUAUAUAUCUGGCCAUUAGUGUAGGUGAGGGUAUAGCUUGCCACUUGUUAAGGUUAGAGUAUAUCUGUCCACUAGUGUAGGUGAGAGUAUAUCCGGCCACUAGUGGAGGUGAGGGUAUAUCUGGCCACUAGUGUAGGUGAGGGUACAUCAGGCCAAUAGUGUAGGUGAGGGUACAUCAGGCCACUAGUGUAGGUGAUGGUAUAUCAGGCCACUAGUGUAGGUGAGAGUAUAUCUGGCCACUAGUGUAGGUGAGGGUAUAUCAGGCCACUAGUGUAGGUGAGGGUAUAUCUGGCCACUAGUAUAGGUGAGAGUAUAUCUGGCCACUGGUAGAUGUGAGGGUAUAUCAGGCCACUAGUGUAGGUGAGAGUAUAUCUGGCCGCUAGUUUGGGUGGGAGUAUAUCUGUCCACUAGUAUAGGUGAGAGUAUAUCUGGCCACCAGUGUAAGUGAGGGUAUAUCGGGCCACUAGUUUAGGUGAGAGUAUAUCUGGCCACUAGUGUAGGUGCGGUAUAUCUGGCCACCAGUGUAAGUGAGGUUAUAUCGGGCCACUAGUGUAGGUGAGAGUAUAUCUGGCCACUAGUGUAAGUGAGGUUAUAUCGGGCCACUAGUGUAGGUGAGAGUAUAUCUUGCAACUUGUGAAGGUGCGUGUAUACCAAGCCACUGGUGCAGGUGAGUUACACAUUUUAACUGUAAUCCGUUGUUUGACCCUUUGAGGUACACCUUAAACUUCAGCGGCUUGAAGUAAGAUUUUGCUCCUCUCUAGUCUUCAAAGUACGGGUACGUGUAUCAGCCUAGCACUUUGUACUUGAAACCAGGGAGCGUGACGCCUGGAAUUUCAAUAAUUAUCUUAGGUAGACAAUUAAUAUACAAUUGCGACAGCCAAACUCCAGUAUAGGUCAGUUAUUUACAACGUUAUGAUUAUGACAUAACAAUUGUAAUGAAGUCACUGUCAUCAGGCCUUAUUCGUGUCUCAUACCUAACAUCUAAGGUUGGUGUAGACAUGUAGCAUGUACAUGCAUAACAAGAUGGUGUACACCUAUACAGGUAUAACUGUAAAUAUCAUGGAAAUGUAGCAUUUAUUAUAAAAUCUUAAUUUUGUUAAAUCAUGUUCAUGACUGCUUGUUUUUGUGAAUUUAUUAGUCGAUUUCACGGUAUCAAUUGUUCGCACAUUUCAGUUCUAUGGCACAAAGUGCUACGGUACCGAUGUGUUUAUUUCUUCAUGCCACUCAAUUUGUUUUCUGAAACAUUAUUGCGGCGGAACCCACAAACUUAGAACCCCGCGAAUAACAAUAUUUACAGUACGCCUUUGAUGGUAUAUGCUUGUAUGUGAUGGUGGAUAAUAUAACUAGAUUUGAAAAUAUUCGAAAAAUAAACAAUACAAGCCGCAACAUUUUAAAGGUUGAGCAGCUCGACAUACAACAAUCGACAAUUGCACAAUUUUAGGACCAAUGCCUAAAACUAGUAACCACUUGUGCCAGACACAGUGACCUCCCUUGACAUUCUUUAUGUACACAUAUUACAUGUACAUAAAACCAGUGCCCUGUGAACACCUUUUGACCUGGAAUGUGACCGGUAUAAAGGGAGAUAAACUUCUUGUGUUAGACAACCUGUAGUAAAACAGAAUAAUUCUUUGCAUAGACUGAUAAUUAUAACGAGAUAAGUGUAAAAUCAGAUCUCUCUGAUUCAUAUGUCCAGACAUCUACAGUACCGAAAAUUACAGUUUUCUUGAAAAGAAAAACAGUUCAAUGGCGUCGUAAAGAUUAAGUGGUUACUACAAAAUGUAUAUCAACAAUUUACAUAAAUGCAUUGUCUUUUCCUAAAAGAUCCUGUUUAUCGAAUAUGUCUCUGAUUCCAAUUUGGUGUUUAGUUAUUUAGAAAUACAUUUUAAACAUAACGCUGACGGACGUGAACCUCCUUACAGGUGUCACAGAGGUUAUGUGUACCAAUACCCUUUCCUUCGUGGUGUGGGACUUUAUAACGAUUACACAAUGUGCAACCCAUUUGAUAAUGACGUGUACAACUUAUAUCUGUAGCAGCGUGAUCGCACACUUUCCUAAUAAUUAAGUGAUUAUUUUUCGAGAUCAUAGGUCAAACUAUAAAAUACAAGUUCAUGUAAACAUAAAAUGAUAUAUACAUGUAACACUUAAGCUAAAAGUAACCAAAAAUCGACAUAUUUAGUUGGAUUAUUCCGCAAACACGAUAAACUAACAGCCAUAUGCUUAAGUGCAGUGUGAUUGCCGUAAAUAUGAAAAUUAAUGAGGAAUUUAAGUAAGUAUUGGAUAGGUUAAUGCUUUAUGCCUUUGUGAAAACACAUGUUCUUCAUCUCAGGGUUUUUAUUUCCGAAGGAAAAACAUUUGGGCCUUUUAUACAUAUUGAAUUAGAACACUGGUACAGCAACAAUCAGAGAACAUAUUUACGCAUGG